GUUCAUCAACCACCGUUCCCAUGAGUGUGAGGUACGCUGCACUUUUCGGCGUAAUAAGCGCCUCUACAGCCUCAACUACCUCCAGUCAUGUCUCCAAGAAAAACAGUGCUCAUUACAGGGUGCAGCACAGGCAUUGGAAAUGCUCUUGCUCGAGAGUUCCACAAACAAGGUCUUGUUGUAUUUGCUACAGCCCGUAAUGAAGCUGCACUAUCGGAGCUAUCGAACGCUGGCAUAAAGACCUUUGCUCUUGAUGUUACGAACGACGAGCAGAUCAUCCGCGUUCGCGACCAAGUAGCAGAAAUCACUGGAGGGAAACUCGACAUAUUGGUUAAUAACGCCGGUCAAACUUUUUUAUCAUCCGCAAUUGAUCUCGAUAUGAACCGAGUACAAGAUCUCUACAACGUCAAUGUGUUCGGCGCGAUGCGUAUGGUCAAAGCAUUUGUGCCCCUUCUCAUUGCUUCGGGUGACGCGUGUAUUCUUCAAGUCGGUAGCGUUGCCGGUGUAACGCCAUAUCCCUUCGGUUCUACAUACGGUUCCUCGAAGGCAGCUCUUCAUGCAUUUGGGAACACGCUGCGUAUUGAAUUGUCUCCUUUCAAUAUCAAGGUUGUCAAUUUAUGUACUGGCAGCGUGAAAAGCGACAUCAUCGAGACUAAGCUGAAUCCUCUUCCGGAUAACUCGUUGUACAAAUCCAUCGAAUCUAUCGUCCUUGGAAAGCGAAAGGAGGUAUCUCAAGGAGGCGCCAUGAGUGCUGAAGACUAUGCCAAGAGCGUAGUACCGGAGGCUCUCAAAGCCAACCCUCGGGCAUGGCUUUGGGCAGGAAGCAAAUCAUGGUUUGUAUGGACAGUGGAUACUUUCCUCCCUCGUACUGCUUUUGAUAACAUGAUGAAGAGAUGGUAUGGCAUGGGCCAUAUCGGCUCUAGGCUCUAAAUUUAGGUCCUUCAGUACGAGUGUUUUCGAUAGAUUCCCGUGAAGCACGCUUAUGAUCCACUUUGCUGUUGUUGUUUAUCGGAGGAAAUCAAAAUUUAGCCCCAUAGCGUGACAUCCAGCGACGCCGACAAUUGAUCAUCAGAAAACCUAGCGCCGAGAAGGGGUUGGGAUUCAGAUUGUGCCAUUGUAGCUGGCGCUAUGGGCGUACUUGCGUCCGCCGCAGCUACCCAUCAGAGACUGAGACCAUAAUAUCAAUAACUAAGAUCUGUGCGGGAUUUCAUUCAGUGCUGACCACGAUUAGGUCCUGUUGAAUUGGAUAUAUAUCUCAACCGUAAACCCAAGAAUGUAACCGCU